AUGUGUGGCCGAGAUGUUAUUUAUGUUGCGAUUGAAGCGGGGACGUAUAACGAGCGGAUUAAGUGUCGGGUAGGCCGGUUAGAGGGUAAGGAGCCUAGUUUGGGCGGGAAGGCGCGUUUAGGAGUGCCAAGGAUUCCCAGUAUUGUGCAUAGUGAGGCCUUUCAACCGGGUGAGCGUGGAUUUUGGCUAGAUAUUCAUGUAUCUCAAGAUGGUGAAGAUAAGGAUAGUAAUGGUAGAGAUAGUAAUGGUAGAGAUAGUAAUGGUAAAGAUAGUAGAGAUGAGGAUAGUAAUGAUAAAGAUAGUAAUGGUAAAGAUAGUACAGAUAUCAAAAGUAAUAAUAGAGAUAGUAAAGAUAUCACAAAUACUAGUAGAGAUAGUAAAGAUAAUAGUGGUAAUGAGGGGGGAAGAAGAGAGGCCUAUGGGAUUUGGGGAGUGGAAGAGGAAGAAGGAUGUUUGGCUGAAUUGGUUUUGGAGUACUCAUACUUUACACACACAGAACUGCUGAAACGGGCGGGUAUUAAGGAAAGUGAGUAUCAGUCAAGUUAUAAUCGAGUGGGAAGUAUUAUUCACUUGAAUCUGAAAGAAGAGACUUUGCCACAUAAAGGGAUUAUUUCAAAGGUGCUUUACGAUAAGAUUAAAGACUGUCGAACAGUAGUGCGGAAAGUAGCUAAUAUUUCGGGAGUCUUUCGUAAUAUUGAGAUUGAACACUUGCAAGGGGUUGAGGAUUAUAAGACUGUGCAUCGUGAAAAUGGGUUACGGUUUAGUAUUAGCUAUGAUAAGGUGUACUGGAACUCGAAAUUACAAGUGGAAAGAGUGCGGUUGAUGAAAGAGAUAAAAGCAGGGGAGAGUAUUUGUGAUUUAUUCUGUGGGGUGGGGCCUUUUGCUAUUCUGGCAUUAAGUCGUGGGGCACGUGUUUGGGCGAAUGAUCUGAAUCCAGAGAGUGUGCGUAAUUUCCAGGAAAGUGUUAAGCUUAACCGGAAAGUACUUGGAGUGGUGAGUGAAAAGGAAGCUUGGGAUGCAGGAUUAGAAGAUAGAGUUAGAUUGUUUAAUUUGGAUGCUGGUGAGUUUUUGCGGGUGGCUAGUGGUGAGAUCGCACAGGGUGGUGAUAGUUGGGGAUACUUUGACCAUUACAUUUUGAACUUACCCGAACUGACUCUGCAGUACUUGCAAGGAUUUGUGGAGUUGGAAAGGAAGUGUCCUAAACAGGAAAACCAGAAUUCUUAUCAAAAAUCUUAUGUGCACGCUUACUUCUUUGUCCGACCGGGCGAGCAGGCAGUUGAUUUAGUUGAGCAGGCACUGGGCAGAAAAGUCGAAGGAAAGGCCCGGCUAGUACGUAAAGUUUCACCAUCUAAGGCUAUGUGGUUGGUUUCGUUUGUUAUCGGACUACCAAAAUAA